AUGCCCGAACAGCAGCAGCUGCAGCAGCAGCAGCAAGAGCGCCACAACCAGCAGCAGGUGCAGGUGCAGCAGAAGAAACAACUAGAUGCUGGUGAUCCACGCGGCCUCACGGCUACAGCCUACAGCAAUCAUUUGCCAGAGCCGCAGCAGCAGCAGCAAGAGCUUCGUGCAGGGGACUAUGAGGCUUCUCAGAGUGAGAAGCUUGUGGAACUGCAACAACACCCCAUGCAGGAUGGCGCAGAGCGGCACCAGGAGAAGCAAGGGGAACAGCAGCAGCAGCAGGUGCUGCGUCCUUGUGUCCGCGUGCCUCCUCCCUCCGGCGGGGGUUCUGUUUGUGUUGAUGUGACGGUUGUGGGCUCAAGUAUUUCCAGCACUCUUAUUUGUGCUGCUCUUAGCCGAAGGGGAUUUCUUUGUCUCCUAUGCGAACCCUCUAUGACAUAUGGGGGCCCCCAUCGCAGCAUGCGCCUUGAGGAGCUGCUGCAGUGGGCAGAGGGAGGGGCCGGGAAGGGCCCCCCAUGGGACCCUUCAUUCUCCCCAAGGGGCCCCCCGUGUGGCCCCGACGAUGAAGAAAGGAGACGAUCCCUCAAGAAGGGGCUGCCGCCUUGUCCCUGCUGCUGUCAUGACACUGAAGCAGAAAGGGGACCGCCAGAGAGCCCUAGGGACACCCCAAGGACCAAGCAGGCAGCAGUGCACGAGGAUACAUCAGGAGUGGACACCCCAUGCUCUCCUGGAGGGCCAAGGAGUCCCCGUCAUCAGCAGCAGCAGAGAGGCGGGCCCGACAGGCCUGCUUCGUUGGGGAGCGGUUUAGGGUUUGCCCGCCUUCUGAGUGCAACAAGACACAGCGAUGUCCCCACUGCAACAGAUCGUCUCCGCGGGAGCCCCCCUCCUGGUAAUGGGGAUGCAUGCGCUGCCCCAGGGGGCCGCGGUGGCGGGUCUUGUGGUGGGGGUUUAUCUGGGGGGUCCCCUGGAGGUGACCCAGCCGGGCCCUCUGGAGGUGAUCCAGCCGGUGCGGGCCCUUAUGAGCCCCCUGGUGGGGACAGUUUUAGACCUUUUAAGGGGGCAUGGGGCCCCCUUGGGGACGGGUUUGAGAGGCGGUGGUACUCCUUUGGGCCCUUUCUUGAGCCUGUUGAGGGGCCACCGGAGGAGGAGACACUUGAGGAGGAAGGAGGAGACACUGAAGAGGAGACAGAGACAGAUGCAAGCAGCACAGACUCAGCAUCCACGGAUGCUACAGCAGAGACAAGCUACACAGCCACCACAAGCAGCACCACAGAUACAACACAAACGUCAAGAACAAGCAGGCAUACCCAAAGACCUCCGCCUCUGCUGCAACCCACUGCUGGCGCAGCUGCUACUGCUCCCGCUGCAGCUGCUGGUGCUUCACCUGCUGCAGGUGCGGGACAGUGGGGAGAGGGGCCUGUCAGCAGCCCCGCUCCUUCGCUUCAGCAACCAUCUGGGGACUCUCCCGCUGUCGAAGGUUUGCAGCAGCAGCAACAGCCACUGCUGCUGCAGCAGACUUCCAGCUCCCACCACGACCCACUGACUGCUGCGCUACACUGUCGCAGACCCACCGAGAUGCCGCUCUCUGAGCCCGAGGGAGACCGUAGCACCAACCCACUGGUUUCUCCCGCAGACGCGCUGUGUGGAGCACCAGAAGCACAAACCGGAGCAGCUGCUGCCUCACCGGGAGCAGCAACAGUGGCAUCCACAGCCGCCGCAGAUGCAGCAGCAAGAGCAGCGGGAACGGCGGGAACAUCAGCACCUGAUGUGGGCCUGGCAGAGGCUGUCGAGGUGGCAGCUGCCGAGGCUGCGACGGCAGCAGCCCAAGCAGCUACAGCAGCAGCAGCUGCUGCUGCGGCGGAUGCAGCAGCAGCAGCGGGCGAGCCUCCCGGCAGUGUGGAGGCACAGCGGCUGCAGAUGAAGCAUGAGCUGAUGGCGGAGGGCUCGCGCUUCUUGAUAGACCUCAUGCCCAAGUGUAUCUACACCUCGAGCGACAUCAUCGAUGUGCUGAUCGAAAGCGGAGCAGCCAGGUACUUGGAGUUCAGGAGCUGCGACGCAGCUGUACUGACAGCAGAGCUGCAGCAGCAGGAUGACGAAGAGGCAGUGGCAGGUUCGGUCAGUUCGCAACAGCAGCACGGAUCCGGCCCACAGCAGCCUGCGCGGGGGCAGCAGCCAGAGCAGCAGGAGCACCAACAAGACGGCCAGAAUGCUGCUGCUGAUGCUGCUUCGGCAGUUGUAGGUUUGAAUGCAUAUAUUGCCGCGGUGGCUGCCGCAGCAAGGGGGCCUCCACAUCUCGGGGCCCGCACCAGGGAUGCCUUUGAAGUUGUUGCUCCUGUAGAGAAAGUUGUAUUAGAGCCUACUCCCAUGAGCAAGAGUCAGAUAUUUCUAUCUUCCUUGCUGUCUCUUGCAGAGAGGCGAGCUUUAAUGCGUUUUGUUGCUGCUUUAGGGACACCUAAGCCUACCACUGUCAGUGCCCCCUUCGCUUCUGCUGCCGACUGGAGGCCCCUAGGCCGUUCUGCUGCAUCUGCAGCAAACGCAGCAGCAAACGCACAAACAGGAGGAGGAGCAGCAGCAAACUGCCAGGAGGGAGACUGCUGGGAUUGUUACCUCGAGAAGCAGGGCCUAAACCCUCACCUGAGGCGGUUGUUGACUUAUGGGGUUUGUCUGUGUGAGGAGCCGUUGUUGCCCGCGGCAGCAGCAGCUCCCGCAGCAGCAUCAGCAGCAUCAGCGAGGUGCAAGGGCGGUCAUAUUCGUCGCUGGACUGUCUCUGAGGGGCGCAGUCGGCUGCAGCUGUUUGUCAGUGGUUCUGGGCUUUAUGCAUGUAAGGGAGCCCCCUUGCUGUACCCUCUUUACGGGUCUGGAGACCUGCCUCAGGCCUUCGUACGCUCCGCAGCUCUCAGUGGGGCGCUCUGCAUGCUGGGAGCUGCUGUUGAGCGGCUGCAGUUCGUAGCGCCCCCCCGCAUGCCACUGCAACAGCAGCAGCAGGGACACCAGCAGCUGCACCAAUCCAAAGAGCAGCAGAAGCAGCAGCAAAGUCAGCAGCAGCAGGAGAGCCAGUUUGAAGCCGAAUUAAACGGGGAGGAGGAUGUAGACGAGCUGUCAGCAAGGCUGGAGCGCAGCAGCAGCGGCUUGGUGCUGCACUGCAGCAAUGGCGAGCGGAUCCAUACAAAGCUGCUGCUGUACGAAUCUGGGGGUAUCCCUGCCCCUAACACGGAGCCCCUUAUCCUGAGGAGACAGGCUCAAGCCUUCUGUCGUCCAUUCUAUUCAAGCAAGCAGCAACAGCAACAGCAGCAGCAACAGGUACAGCAGCAGAAGCAGCAAACGCAGGAGACUAACAGUACAAACGCCACGGAAGGUGGUGGGAGGAACACUGCAAGUGCAGCACCGCCUGCAGCAGCAACAUCAUUCGUAGCUAAGAAGGUCAAUGCAGCAGCAGCGAGAGGUAGUGAGGCAUCUUCAGUCUCAGAAGAACAAGAUACGCUAGCUUUAGAAGCAGCAGCAGCAACAGCAGAUGGGGCGCCAGCAGCAGACGCAGCACCAGCAGCACAACACGAACCACCAACAGCACAACACGAAUCACCAGCAGCACAACACGAAUCACCAGCAGCAAACGGCGCAGGAGGAGCAGCAGACGGAGCAUCAGCAGCUGCAACAGCAGAAGGAACAACAGCAAUACGCAGCAACGAGAUAUCGACCCCCCCUUCGUGCUGCAGGCUGCUUGCAAUUUGCACUGAGCCCGUGUUGGGUGGGCCCGGCUUUAGAAUUGGUGUUGUUGUAGCGCGCGCAGCCUGCGGUGAGACCCCAUCGCAGGCUGCCGCGGCGGCUGCUUCUGAUUCCAGCUACAGCAGCAACAGCAGCAGCAGCAACAGCAGCAACAGCAUUAGCAGCAACAACAGCGGCAACAAUAGCAGCAGCAGCAGCAACAGCAACAGUACCAGCAGCAGCAACAGCAGCAAUAAUAGCAGAGGCAGCAGUAACAGCAGCAGCAGCCAAACUGAGGCGGAGGUGCCCGUGCAUGUGCUUCAGACAGACGCUGCAUGUGCUGUUGCUCCAAAGGGGUAUUUCCUUUUGUACCUUUCUCAUGUCUGUUCUGCUGCAGUUCGAUGCUGUAGCGAUGAACCUCUUGGAGAGCAGCAGCAGCAGCUAAAGCAGCAGGAGGUUUCCCCACCGGCGCCGGCUGCCGCCGUAUCCGGUGCAUGCGGGUGCUGCAGCAACGGAACAGGUCGCCCUUGUUGUGUUGGGGGAGGAGGACAGGAGUUAGCAGCAGCACGGGGUGCACAGACAGCCAGCUGCGGUUGUGGGGUUGAUGCGCAUUGCUGCACUGUGCUGCUGCGGGCACUUAGGGGCCUGCUGCGGUCAGCAGGAGGCCUACGGACUUGUUACUUUCUCUGCUCCUUUCGUUACACCCAGCAGGUUGCUGGUGCAGCAGCAGCAGCAGCAGCAGCAGCGUCCGUAGUAGUGCCGCUGGGACUUCCUACUGCACCAUCACAACAACAGCAACAGCAAGAACAAGAGCAGCACCAGGCGCAGCCAGAUGCAGCGGCAGCAUCAACGGUGGACGGUGCAAUAAAUGACGGCAAAGAGACAACUGCAUGCGAAGGGGCUGAUGCAGAAGCAGGAGGAGCAUCAACAGAAGUCCGAGUUGAAGGGGAUCAGGAUGACGACCCAGAGUUGCUGCUGCUGGAAGGAGCACAGACAGGGGGCAGCAGCAGGCCGGUGUUGCCUGCUGCCGCAGCUCCCUGUGGGGUCUUGUCUCUUCCAGAUGCUUGCGUUGCCCCUUGUUUUACGCUGCUGGAGGAGUGUGACAGUGCACGGUUACUAGUGCAGGAGCUGCUGCAGCAGCAGCUGCAGCCAAAGCAGCUCAUUAUCCGGGGCCCCCAGCAGUCUACCGACGAGUUAGAUGGAGACACAGGAGAGCUUGAUGAGACGUUAAAACAGCUAACGGACCUCUUGCAUGCGCAACAGGGAACACCAACCCCACUUUAG